CGGAGUGAGGCUCAAAUAAUUCUCACUUACCAAUUGUGUUCAUGCCUUCAGGUGACAUAGGCAACUACUACUAUGGCCAGGGUCACCCGAUGAAGCCUCACCGUAUCAGGAUGACUCACAACCUCAUCCUCAACUAUGGGCUCUACAGGAAAAUGGAGAUAUAUCGUCCCCACAAGGCCACUCAGGAUGAGAUGACCAAGUUCCACAGUGAUGACUACAUCAAGUUCCUUCGCAGCAUCCGGCCUGACAACAUGUCUGACUACAACAAACAGAUGCAGAGAUUCAAUGUGGGUGAGGACUGUCCAGUGUUUGAUGGCAUGUAUGAGUUCUGUCAGCUGUCCACUGGGGGAUCUGUAGCUGGAGCAGUGAAGUUGAACAAGCAGGCUGCAGACAUUGCUGUGAACUGGGCGGGCGGUCUUCAUCAUGCCAAGAAGUCAGAGGCCUCGGGGUUCUGCUACGUCAACGACAUCUCCCUCGCCAUCCUAGAACUGCUCAAAUACCACCAGCGUGUGUUGUACAUUGAUAUCGACAUUCACCAUGGCGACGGUGUUGAGGAGGCGUUCUACACGACUGACCGAGUGAUGACCGUGUCAUUCCAUAAGUAUGGAGAGUACUUCCCAGGAACUGGCGAUCUCAGAGACAUUGGAGCUGGCAAGGGAAAGUACUAUGCAGUUAACUUCCCCCUACGAGAUGGCAUUGAUGACGACGCUUAUGAGACUAUCUUCAAACCGGUGAUCAACAAGGUGAUGGAGAUGUACCAGCCCAGUGUGAUAGUGCUACAGUGUGGGGCGGACUCUCUGUCUGGGGACAGGCUUGGCUGCUUCAACCUCACACUCAAAGGUCACGGGAAGGCUGUUGAGUUCAUGAAGAAGUGGAAUCUGCCUCUGAUGAUCCUAGGGGGUGGCGGCUACACCAUCAGGAACGUGGCGCGUUGCUGGACCAAUGAGACCUCCAUAGCUCUUGGUGUAGAGGUGGCCAAUGAGUUGCCGUACAACGACUACUUUGAGUACUAUGGACCCGACUUCAAACUGAAUAUCAGCCCCUCCAACAUGGCCAACCAGAACACCACAGAGUACCUGGAGAAAAUCAAGACCCGUCUAUUUGAGAAUCUCCGUAUGCUACCCCACGCCCCUGGAGUACAGAUGCAAGCCAUCCCAGAGGAUGCCCUGAAUGAUGAGAGUGAUAACGAGGACAAGGAUAAUCCAGACAGUAGAGUCUCCAUCCGCGCCAGUGACAAGAGGAUACACUGUGAUGAGGAGUUCUCGGACUCUGAGGAUGAAAUGUCAGGACCAAACGAGUCGGGCGGUAGACGGGACCGGAUGUCACACAAACCUAAACCCAAACGACCCAAAACUGAUGAGGAGCGAAAAGCAGAGCAGGCAAAAGGGGAAGGGAAAGAAGGAGAGAAGAAGGAAGUAAAGAAGGAGGGAGACAGUAAUGACAAUGCUAAGGAGUCAAAGGAAUCAGGAGAGGACAAAGACAAGUCUGGCAACUCUGAAGAUGAGAAGAAAGGAUCUGAAUCUGCAAAGACUGAAAGUUCUUUUGAGGAAAGUAAGGAUGCUCCAAAAACUGAUGAGAAAACUUCGUAACAGCCUGUCUCACGUAUACACAUGUACAGAACAUUGCAACAGAAUGUAAUACAUCGUCCAGUGCUGGUGAUUAUAUAACUGGAAUAGAAACAUGUGAGUUAGAUCACCAGGUUCUUAACACAAGCUCACACCAGCUUGGCGGUUUAGGCAAUACAAAAAUAUGUAUUCCAAAGUAUGAAGCAGCUUUGUUUUAUUCAAUAGUAGUAUUUUGAUAAAUAAAAAUACAUAACAUA